CGGAGAAACUAGUUUCCUGUAUCUGCUUAUACAUUCAGAGCUCUUUCUGUAGGGCUUCUUGUGAGCAAUGAAAUAAUAGAAACAAAGGACGCUUACCCUCCAUUAUUCUUGCCAUGAAGAUAACGGGUGUCUUUGUGGUCCUUGUACUCUCCAUCUACGUUGAAGAUGUUACCAGUCAGGCUAAAUACCAGGAAGGCAUGUGCAUUGAAUUCCAGCCAUUUUUAGAAAAUGGAAAUUUAUACUGCAACAGAGACAUUGAUCCUGUCUUUGGUCCUGAUGGCAAGAGACACACUAACAAGUGUGUCAUGUGUCGGGAAGUCUUGAGAAAAAGAAGAUUUUCUGAUAAUGGUGGAAGAAACAGGACUAACGAUUUUUCUUCAGAAAAGGAUGUUGACUGCAGUGAAUAUUGGCCUUAUUUCUCACGUAUGGGGUAUUCCUGUACCAGAGAGAACAAUCCAGUCCGGGAUGCUUCUGGGAAACAACAUAGCAAUAAAUGCAUGAUGUGCCUGCAGAGGUUCAAAAAUGGAGGAAAGAUGAAUGGUGUUGGAAAGCGACAACCACAAAAUGGAAACAAUGAGAGAGGUGGUGAUGACUGCUAUGAAUACAGGUCGCAGAUGGGGCCUGAUGGAGAGCUCAGCUGCACCCGUGAGAAUGACCCUGUAAGAGAUGCUUCGGGAAAUACACACAGCAACAAGUGCAUCAUGUGCGCAAGGAAAUUUAAAAAAGAAAUGAGAGAAGGCAGGUUUGAUGGAGGAGAAGGAGGUGGCAGAGGAGGAACAAGCAAUGCAAAUGGAGAAAGAGUGACUCAAGGGACUCUGAGUCGAGCAAAUUCAAAUGAGAAUAAUUGCAACCAAUAUGGAAAUGAUCCAAACAAUCCUUGUUCAGUGAAUGACCGGAUUGCACAGGGUGAUUACAGAUCAUACACCAACUGUGGAGGGAUAGGAGCAUCAACGUACCACAAUGACAAUUGCCAAAAAGGACGUUUCAACAACAGACAGAAAAGACAGGCAGCCAGCGACCAUAAGUUGGAUUGCAGUAAACUUCUGGCUACUCAAAUGAAUAGGACUUCCUGUAGUGCCAUUUGGGCUCCUGUUUGUGGCAAUGAUGGAAAAACCUACAGCAAUAAAUGUUUCCUGUGUCUGGAGAUUGGGAAAUCUGGAGAUAUCCUUUCACUAAAGCAUGAAGGUGAAUGUCCUGAAGUCGUUCAUGGAAUGGUUGAUUGCAGCAGGUAUCCACAAACAAGAGGAAAGCUCCUUUGCAAGAGUACUACCCACGAGGUUUGUGGCACGGAUGGUGAAACACACAGCAAUGAGUGCAUGCUUUGUAACAGAAUCCUGAAAACAAAAUCUCAAAUUGGCAUAAAGAAUAUAGGACCAUGUCAAAAGAUGGAGGAGCUGUUAAUUCAGAAUCAAUGAAACUGCUGAAUCUUUGAAGCGUUAGAGAGCUUGUCUUCAUCCUACAUUUAUGGCACAAGUUUAUUGUCUAUAAAACCUGAGCAACAGGCCUGUAUUGGACAGUGUGGAAGUGGGAAAUAACCCAAGAAAAUACAUUUACUCUUGUAGUCAUCUCCUUAGUACAUUCUGACUACUUCCAGAACACCUUAUCACAUCCAUAAAUCACAAUAAAAGUAAUCCAAUGAAA